UGGGGGGUGGGGGUGCUGUCUAGAGUGUAAGGAGAGCGCCGGUGCAUAGCGACGGGCAGCACGCGCCGUUUCGCUGACCUUGGUGCUGAAAGCGGUGUCGUGCAGCAGAUAAGAUAAACCGGAAACUUCCAUUCCAGUCCUUUAUUUGAUCGCUGAUUGUAUUUGUCGUUUGUUGUCCGUUUGAUUUCCGUUGGUUAGAUUUUUUUUCCACCAAACUUUUUUUUCCAGUGUUCUAAAAGGCAGUCGUGGGUUUGACGUGAACAUCAAAUGCAUUGGUUCACACCGAGAUGGCAAUGAAAACGCUCACGGUGCGUAAGAAGAGCGAGUUUAUCAUUCCGAACAGACAGAGCCACUCUACUUCUGACUUCUCUUGCCAUAUAUAGGUGUUUGUCUCUUUUUUGUCACUUUUCGUGUCUGAGGAACGACCUCGUGUUUCUUUAGCUUAUCUGUCCGACUUAAUCACAGAUCUGCUGGGUGUCUGUCCGGUAUGCCCGACCUGCUCCACCGUGACAUGAUACUUUAACACUAACGAAUAUAAAACGAGGGAUUAUCAUAUUUGGAAAUGGAUACUCCAAAGGAGCCCGGUUUUGUGCCCAGCAAAGAGGGUUUCAAGCAUCUAGCAGGGAAGACGCUGGGUCAUGUGUACAAGGUGUUGGAGAAGAGACAGAAACCUGGGGAUAAUAUUGAAUUAACGGAAGAUGGCCGACCGACGCAGAGCAGUGAACGGAAGGCGCCCUUAUGUGACUGCACGUGCUUCGGCCUCCCGCGCCGCUACAUCAUCGCCAUCAUGAGCGGCCUCGGCUUUUGCAUCUCUUUCGGCAUUCGGUGCAAUUUGGGCGUGGCCAUCGUGGGCAUGGUGAACAACAGCACCAUUCACCAGAACGGCAAAAUAAUAAUUAAAGAGAAAGCCAAGUUUAACUGGGACCCGGAGACAGUGGGAAUGAUCCAUGGCUCAUUUUUCUGGGGUUAUAUAGUGACCCAAAUCCCAGGAGGAUACAUAUCAUCGCGAUUAGCAGCCAACAGGGUGUUCGGGGCAGCUAUCGUCCUCACCGCAACUCUCAACAUGUUCAUCCCUUCUGCUGCGCGCGUGCACUACGGUUGCGUCAUAUUCGUCAGGAUAUUGCAGGGGCUGGUGGAGGGAGUGACAUACCCAGCAUGCCAUGGGAUUUGGAGUAAAUGGGCCCCGCCUCUGGAGAGAAGUCGCUUGGCCACCACCUCCUUUUGUGGAUCCUAUGCUGGGGCAGUUGUAGCCAUGCCUCUGGCUGGGAUCCUGGUGCAGUACUCUGGCUGGUCCUCUGUCUUCUAUGUUUAUGGGUGUUUUGGCCUUAUGUGGUACAUGUUCUGGAUCUUGGUGUCCUAUGAGAGUCCCGCUGAGCAUCCUACAAUCACGGAUGAGGAGCGCUGCUACAUCGAGGAAAGCAUUGGAGAGAGUGCCAAGCUUCUGGGCCCAUCUGAUAAAUUCAAGACACCCUGGAGGAAGUUCUUCACCUCAAUGCCUGUCUAUGCAAUCAUUGUGGCCAACUUCUGCAGAAGCUGGACCUUUUACCUGCUGCUCAUCAGCCAGCCAGCAUACUUUGAGGAAGUGUUUGGCUUUGAGAUAAGCAAGGUUGGCAUGCUCUCAGCCCUUCCGCAUCUGGUAAUGACCAUCAUUGUGCCCAUUGGAGGGCAGAUAGCAGAUUAUCUACGUAGUAAGAACCUCAUGUCUACGACCAAUGUCAGAAAGAUCAUGAAUUGUGGAGGCUUCGGUAUGGAAGCUACUUUGCUGCUAAUAGUAGGAUACUCUCACAGUAAAGGCAUGGCCAUCUCAUUCCUGGUGCUAGCUGUGGGCUUCAGUGGAUUUGCUAUAUCAGGCUUCAAUGUCAAUCACUUAGAUAUAGCUCCGCGUUAUGCCAGUAUUCUGAUGGGCAUCUCAAAUGGAGUAGGGACCCUGUCAGGCAUGGUGUGCCCUCUGAUUGUUGGUGCUAUGACCAAAAAUAAGACCAGAGAAGAGUGGCAGUAUGUGUUCCUCAUUGCAUCACUGGUGCAUUACGGCGGUGUGAUCUUCUACGGCCUCUUUGCAUCGGGUGAGAAACAGCCAUGGGCUGAUCCAGAGCAGACCAGUGAAGAAAAAUGUGGCUUCAUUGAUGAGGAUGAGUUGGCUGAAGAGACUGGGGACAUCACACAAAACUACGGAGCUCUGGGUGCCCCGGCGAAGUCGUACGGAGCCACCUCGCAGAUGAAUGGAGGAUGGCCUGAUGGAUGGGAGAAAAGGGAAGAAUACGUACAAGAAGGAGCAGAAGAGGGAGGGUACGGAUAUAGGCAGGGCAGAGAGUACUCCUAGACAACACACACAGACACUCAGAGAAAGCACAUAAAUACAAUCACAUGCACACAUUCAUAUAGUAGACGUAUUUUGUAGUGAUUGUGGAUUCUAAAAAAAAAGUGCAAAAUAAAUGAUAAAGAUGUAAAAUAAUACACCUUGUUGUUUGCACAAAGGAAAAUAAUCAAAUAUGAAAUAAUUCAAGAUGUUAAAAUAGAUAAAAUAUAUAAAUAUAUAUAUAUAUAACUAAAAUUAUAGAAAUAUGUAAUACAUAUCAAAUUGGCAGAUUGUAAUUGUAAAUUGUCUAUGUAAAAAAAAAAAAGAAUAACAAGUGAAUAUAUUUCAAGUGCAAUCUAGUGUAAUGUUGUGAAAAUAAUAUUUGCACCUCAACAUUCUAUAGGAUUAGUUUAGUUGCAGGUGUUGAAAACCACCACACCUCAUAAUGGCUCCAAUAUGAAAUGCACAUAGAGCCAAACCAGCGACAGAAAACCCUGUAACCUGAACAAAUAUACUGGUUUUCUCUGUUUUUUUUGCUGAUUGCACUUCAAAACUCAUACUGUGUCACUGCACAAAACCUUGAGCCUGUUUUUUCCAUGAUGUGUUACUCUUUCAUUGUAGAUGGAGGUUUUUCUGUGUGACUUAAGAGGAUGUGGGUCUUUGACACUGUAUUUAAGAGCACAGCAUUAAAAAAGAAACACAGAUGUAAAAACAAUCAUGAUGUCUUUGUCUGGAAGAUUUUUUAGACAUCUUCGAUGCUUAUUGUAUUGCAGAGUUUUGUCAAGUAAGAGCAAAAAAAACCAAAAAGAGCAAGGAACCCAGAGUGACAUAGUUGGUUCCGAAGGCAUUGUCCAUUGACUUGUUUGAUAUCCUGUAGUAGCGCAGCCAUCCACUGCCAGGAGAGCACAGUUGCACAAUUAAUGAUGAUUUUAUUGCAUACAAAUUAACUAAAUUUAAAGCAAUAUUGGCUGUUUAUUUCCAUAUAUGUCAAUUUGGUCACAUAUGCAGAUAUGGACUGAAUUUCCUAAAAAGCAUCGUAGCACAAUGAUCAUUGGUAUAUGGUCAAGUUAGCAUUGUACACUACCAUUAAUUGAAGUUAAUGCUCUCCUCCAAGCACAUAUAGCUGAGCUAUAAUUUUGCACAUGCUUUAGUCUUGUGUCUUGCUCUCAGGUUGUGAGCUUCCAUGUAAUAUUGAGACUCGGAUGGAGAUUAGUGAUUACUAAUGACACAACCACAAGGAAAGACACAAGGAAAAGAAAGAAGAUAAAUUAAAGCACAGAGUGGAAAAAAAAGAAAAGCACAGAGUGUCCAAAAGACCCAAUCCUUGAGUCCUCUGUUUGUCAGAAUCCUAAAGUUAACACCAUGACCAUCUUGAUGUCUGUGGUAUGUAGUUAUGCAUGGAUGACACUGUUUUUAGCUGUACUUCUUUUAGAACCACUUUCCCUUUUCUCCUUUCAGUUACUAAUGGGUUGAUUUCUUUGCACAGUUAACCAAAGGUAAUGUGUAGAGUUGGGUUUUAUGGGGUUGGGUCUAAGGGUUCAGGGGAAAUCCCUGCAAAAUAAAG